AAUGUGCACGGGUCAGCGCCGGCAGUCGUGGUAAAGCCAUGCGGCGGGCAGCUUCGCUCAUUCCCCGGAGCCUGCGGACGCAGCUGUCUCGCACCAUGGCCACGAACGCCGACGGGUCCGUGUUCGAUCCCGUGCAAGCUGCGCCCCCUCUGGAACUGUGGAAAGUGAGGACGGGGUUCGCGCAGGACACGAGCGAGAACAAAGUCGAUCUCGGCAUCGGAGCUUACAGGACCAAUGAAGGCAAGCCAUGGGUGUUACCAGUGGUGAAAAGAACUGAACAAAAAGUCGUGACUGACGAAAACCUAAACCAUGAAUAUCUGAUGAUUCUUGGGAUGGAUUCACUCAGCUCUGCUGCCACUAAACUCCUGCUGGGAGGAAAAUCGAGGGCUGUUCUUGAAAAUCGGGCAUUUGGUGUGCAUUCUCUCAGUGGGACAGGAUCACUGAGAAUUGGAACAGAGUUCCUAUCAAAAAUACUAAACUACAACACUGCUUAUGUUUCCAACCCAUCAUGGGAUAACCAUCAAAAAAUUCUGCACUAUUCUGGGUUCAGCGACAUACGGCAGUACCGAUACUGGGACCCUGCAACAAGAUCUCUGGAUAUUGACGGACUGAUAAAUGAUCUUUCUACUGCACCAGAACAUUCUGUCAUUAUAUUGCAUGUUUGUGCUCAUAAUCCAACUGGUUGUGAUCCAACAAAGGAACAGUGGAUCAGAAUUGCUGAUAUCAUGCAAGAGAGGAAGCUCUUCCCUUACUUUGAUGCAGCUUAUCUUGGCUUCGCAUCUGGGGACCUGGAAGAAGACGCUUGGCCUGUUAGAUACUUUGAAGAGCGAGGUUUUGAACUGUUUUGUGCACAAUCAUUUGCAAAGAAUUUUGGCCUAUACAGUGAAAGGGUUGGGAAUCUUGCAAUUGUAGUCAAAAAACCACAAGACAAAUUUAAAAUACAAUCCCAGUUCAAUGUUAUCAUAAGACCUAUAUAUCAGAGCCCUCCGGCUCAUGGAGCUCGAGUGGUUAAUCACAUCCUUAAUGAUCCAGUCCUCAGUAAUGAGUGGAAAGACUGUGUGAAGAUCAUGACGAAACGGAUACAGGAAAUGAGGUCAGAGCUGAAGUUGUCCCUAGAAAAGCUACAAACACCAGGUAACUGGAACCAUAUAACAGAACAGAAAGGAAUGUUCUCAUACACUGGCCUCACAGCCCAGCAAGUUGAGUAUUUGAGGGAUACAUGGCACAUUUAUCUCUACAGCAGUGGAAGAGCAAAUAUGUGUGGUUUAAACACCAAAAACGUAAAUUAUGUGGCAAAAGCAUUCAACGAUGCUAUCAGAAAUGUGGCUCAUUAACAGCUCUCAAGGGCUAUAAAUUACAUGAAUGGUUUUAAUACCAUACUUCACCAUGAAGAUGUGGAAAUAACAAAAUAAAGUGAAAUUUGAAUAAAAUU